AUGGGCCAGAUUGAGAGGGGCGGUACGAGGGUGAGACUUGGCGUUGAUGUUUUGGAACAUCAAAGAUGGACAGGGUUUUCGCGGAGGUCGCUCCUCAGAUAUCUCCACAACUACAGAUCGGGGAUCUUCCAAAAUCGAGAAGAUUGGUGCAUAUGGCUAGGUCUAUUCACCUUACAAUUUGUAUGGCAAUUUGGCCCGGGGUUGUGGUGUGGUAGGGGAGAAUGGGGGAUAAUCCCACGCAGGAGUUCCGAACGACGUCUGGUUCACGUUUGGCUGGAUAACUCCACCACCACACGGGGUAUGCGGUCGGCGAUGGGGUCAAAAUGCUCGUAUGAUCGAGGGCUUUUCGAUGGAUCUAUCGGCGGGUUCUUAUUCGAAAAAUCGAGCGAGUUCGUGGUGGAGCGGUGGUGAG